UGUCAGCAUUCUGUAGCAUAGCUGUCAGUUGGCUCAGUGCUGUGUAGUGGCUUGUGAGAGAGAGGACAUGCAGGCUGCAGCUCUGGUGGUGUUCCUGGGGGCCCUACUGGGUCUCCUCCAUGCGACCCCCCUGCCUUCUGAAUCCGUCCUGCCCACUCAGGAGAACUUCGACCUGGACCGGUUCAUGGGGAAAUGGUAUAGUGUGGCCAAAGCCUCCACGUGUCCCCUUUGGUUGAAGCACAAAGAGGAUUCAGCCGUCGGCACUCUGGAGCUGGACAAGCAGACCUCAGCAAACACAAUCAGCGUGACCAAAACUAAAUCCAGGCAUGGUGUCUGUAAGCAGAGUUCUCAUGAGUACCAGCUGACACAAACGCCAGGCAGAUUCCAGUACUACUUUUCCAAAUGGGAUGCUGAUGUGGACAUGUAUGUGGUGGACACUGACUAUGACGAGUAUGCUCUGGUGGUGAAGCACAAACAUAAGCGUAACUCUGACAAAAAAGGCUCAAAUGUUACCCUUUAUGGCCGUACUCCAGUACUACCAGACGCUGUGAUUGAGACCUUCAGGCGUGUGGUGACAGAGCAAGGCAUGACCGAGGACCAUAUUGGCAUCAAGAAGAAUAAAGGUGAAUGCAGUCCAGGUGACGUUGACACACCUGCCACACCUGUCACACCUGUGGCAUAGGUAAGGAGGGCACAGCCCUAGUGCCCCCUCGUGCCCUCAGACCCAGUUGAGCUGAAACUGAAAUGUGCAGGAGACCUUCACCUGCUCCACCCACUCUAUUCAAGAUGCACAGAAGUUACUGGGAUGCCCACCGCUUAAAACCUUCUGCACAGCACAGAAAAGAUCAUCUGUUGGAUUUGUAUUUUAUUAUCUUUUAUUACAUUAUUGAUUAAAUGUUUAUCUGUAUUAAAAUUGGAUGAUGUAUAUCUUUUACAUUUUUUAAAUUUAUGAUGUUGAUUUGUGAAUACAUUGAAUGCUGUUAAUAACAACAAAAUGUUAAUUCUGUUUGGAUUUGAGAACUUACCUUAUUUUGAAUAAAACAGCAUGGCACAACAUGAUUAAAGAAAGCUUCAAAACUAUAAA